AUAGGGCAACAUGUGAGUUUGCCCAAGGACUAGAGGAAAUGAUUGAAGAUAAUUCAGCUGCUGGGGAUGUCCCUGAUGAUGCCAACUUAGAGGUUCAUCCAACUAAGGGAACAGAUGCUGUUCGCCACUCUCAAAGUGUAACUCUGGGUAGGGAGGGUGUGAAUGUCACCCCAUAG